UUCCAUAUCUUCGAGCAUUAUUUGAAAGUUGCAAAUAGAAAGGAAGAAAGAAUAAGUAAAUAAAUUAUCAGUGUGCAGACAACUUACAGAACCUUAUUUUAUGAUUACGUUUACUUUUGUUUCUCUUAGAUUGGAUCUUUGCUGUCUUUAAUUCUCUGUUUCCUAAAAGCUAAUUAUCAAGGCACAGUAAUCAUCAAAGUCCGUUGAUAAAGAGCUGGAAAGCUGUUUCUGGAGGGGGGAGGAAGAAAAUGUGGGGAUUUGGAGGUAAGUGUUAUUGGGGGAGAAGGGAAAUGAAUAGAGAAGGGAUAGUGGUGGUUUUCCCUUGGAUGUCUAGUCAAGAAAGACAUGUGAAAACUUAUGUUGACCUUUAUGGGUCUCUUGGUUGGAAUUCCCUUGUUUGUCACUCCCAGUUCUUCAAUAUGUUCUUUCCGGAGAAGGCUGAAACUUUAGCAUUUGACAUGCUCAACGGACUUCUUGAGGAGCUAAAGAUAAGGCCAUGCCCUAUAGUCCUUGCAUCCUUUUCUGGUGGUCCCAAAGCUUGCAUGUACAAGGUUCUCCAGAUCAUUGAGGGAAAGUGUGAAGUACAACUGAAUCCGGAUGACCAUCAGCUGGUCAGAGAUUGUAUCUCAGGCCAUAUCUAUGAUUCUAGUCCAGUGGAUUUUACGAGUGAUCUGGGGAGACGAUUUGUUGUUCACCCAUCUGUUCUCAAAAUGUCUCAUCCACCAAGAAUGCUGUCUUGGAUGACAAAUGGAAUUUGUAGCAGUCUUGAUGCUCUCUUCCUCAACAGAUUUGAAUCACAGCGUGCUGAGUAUUGGCAGACUCUCUACUCCUCUGUUAGCAUGGGGGGUCCAUAUCUAAUUUUGUGCUCAGAGAAUGACGAUCUUGCUCCUUAUCAAGUCAUUUGCAAUUUCGCUCAAAGACUAAAAGAACUUGGUGGUGAUGUAAAGCUUCUGAAAAUGAAUGACUCUCCGCAUGUAGGUCAUUAUCGAUCUUAUCCUGUUGACUACAACGCUGCUGUGACUGAGCUCCUUGAUAAGGCAGCUGCAAUUUAUUCCCAAAGAAUUCAACGACUUGAAGGAGAAAGGAUGGGCUUUGAGGGGACACAUGAUGAGAUAUCUGAGCCAAUCAGUGACCUGAGGAAAGCAGCUGCCAAUCCACACCAUAGUUUUCGGGGAGUUAGUAUUGCACCAAGUGAUCAUUUCUUUAUGCCAAGCUCAGUAGAGUAUUAUGAGGGUAGAGAUGUUGGGUCCUUGCAAGAUGAGCACAAGGAGAAUUUGGUUCAUUUGCGAACCCCUCCAACUAUCAAUCCGGAUGGAGUUCUUGGUCAAAUCCUGUUCGACGUCUGCAUUCCCAAGAAUGUUGAAGGUUGGGAUAUAAGGUCAUCAGCUUCCUUGAGCAGACACCCAUUUAAUCCCACCCGAAGGCAUGCUCCAUUUAAUCCAAUGAAAUGCAUACGCCGUUCAAGACUGUAACAGCUCUCCAAUGAAAUGCAUGCGCAGUUCAUGACCGUAACAGCUCUCACUGACAACCUAGAGGCGAGAUUGCUCGUGUGAAUGUGCAAGAUUCAAAUUAGGUGUUAAGCCUGGCUUUGAGGUUUCCAAAGAGGCAAUGCUUUCUUCAUCUUAAAAGAAUAAACGUGGGAGCGAGGGGGUUUGAGCUUUGAGGUGUAUUAUCUGUAAACCUCCUUGUCUCCUGACGAAGUGUACAGUAAUUUUAUUUGCAACACUUACUUUGGAGUCUCCUGUGGAAACAAGUAGAUUUUGUGAAAUAUAAAUCCACUAAUUCCCGAA